AUGGAUUAUUCAUACUUGAAUCAGGCGGCUGCCGCUGCGGCCGCUGGUUUCGAGGCAUCUAGCUGUGCUCUGGCCGCCAGUGAAAUGCAAUGUGGAUACGGGGACUUGAGUUCUUGUUCACAAAUGAGUCAGGCUGCUUACCGGUACACGGCCGCGAGGGCUGCUGGCUAUCCAGGCAAUGCGGGAACUACCAGUACUGGUAGCACCACGCCGCUGGGGGCCCAUCACACCACCCACUCUCAUGCCCACGCGCACCACGGGGCCCACGCAACUCCCUGCUCGGUAAUGGCCGCCAGAUCUCAAGAGGUCCACCGGCACGCCGCCUCGAUCUUCCCGUCGGCCAUUAAUCUGCAGAGUGGACUAGGAUAUAAGGCUUACUCAGGACACGACGGUUUAGCGGAGAAGAGAAAACAACGUCGGAUACGAACAACGUUCACAUCAGCUCAGCUUAAAGAAUUGGAGCGUGCCUUCCAGGAGACUCACUAUCCGGAUAUAUACACUAGAGAAGAAAUCGCCAUGAAAAUCGACCUGACGGAAGCUAGAGUCCAAUGUCCAUGGUGUCAUCAAUGGGAUGUAGCAGAGAAUAGAAGAGGGGCAGAGGGUGAACAAGCUGGUGUUGCACUGCUGGACCAACAAUCGUUGCUCUUACCAGGUCCUGAGGGUGCACACAUAUUCAAUUGA